AGUCCAGCAGUUGGUGGCAAAUGAAGCCAGGCUGUGCGGCAGGAUCUCCAGGGAAUGAAUGGAUUUUCUUCAGCACUGAUGAAAUAACUAUACGCUAUAGGAAUACAAUGUCCAACGGGGGAUUGCAAAGAUCUGUCAUCCUGUCAGCACUUAUUCUGCUACGAGCUGUUACUGGAUUCUCUGGAGAUGGAAGAGCUAUAUGGUCUAAAAAUCCUAAUUUUACUCCGGUAAAUGAAAGUCAGCUGUUUCUCUAUGACACUUUCCCUAAAAACUUUUUCUGGGGUAUUGGGACUGGAGCAUUGCAAGUGGAAGGGAGUUGGAAGAAGGAUGGAAAAGGACCUUCUAUAUGGGAUCAUUUCAUCCACACACACCUUAAAAAUGUCAGCAGCACGAAUGGUUCCAGUGACAGUUAUAUUUUUCUGGAAAAAGACUUAUCAGCCCUGGAUUUUAUAGGAGUUUCUUUUUAUCAAUUUUCAAUUUCCUGGCCAAGGCUUUUCCCCGAUGGAAUAGUAACAGUUGCCAACGCAAAAGGUCUGCAGUACUACAAUACUCUUCUGGACGCUCUAGUGCUUAGAAACAUUGAACCUAUAGUUACUUUAUACCACUGGGAUUUGCCUUUGGCACUACAAGAAAAAUAUGGGGGGUGGAAAAAUGAUACCAUAAUAGACAUCUUCAAUGACUAUGCCACAUACUGUUUCCAGAUGUUUGGGGACCGUGUCAAAUAUUGGAUUACAAUUCACAACCCAUAUCUAGUGGCUUGGCAUGGGUAUGGGACAGGUAUGCAUGCCCCUGGAGAGAAGGGAAAUUUAGCAGCUGUCUACACUGUGGGACACAACUUGAUCAAGGCUCACUCGAAAGUUUGGCAUAACUACAACACACAUUUCCGCCCACAUCAGAAGGGUUGGUUAUCGAUCACGUUGGGAUCUCAUUGGAUCGAGCCAAACCGGUCGGAAAACACGAUGGAUAUAUUCAAAUGUCAACAAUCCAUGGUUUCUGUGCUUGGAUGGUUUGCCAACCCUAUCCAUGGGGAUGGCGACUAUCCAGAGGGGAUGAGAAAGAAGUUGCUCUCCGUUCUACCUAUUUUCUCUGAAGCAGAGAAGAAUGAGAUGAGAGGCACAGCUGAUUUCUUUGCCUUUUCUUUUGGACCCAACAACUUCAAGCCCCUAAACACCAUGGCUAAAAUGGGACAAAAUGUUUCGCUCAAUUUAAGAGAAGCGCUGAACUGGAUUAAACUGGAAUACAACAACCCUCGAAUCUUGAUUGCUGAGAAUGGCUGGUUCACAGACAGUCGUGUGAAAACAGAAGACACCACGGCCAUCUACAUGAUGAAGAAUUUCCUCAGCCAGGUGCUUCAAGCAAUAAGGUUAGAUGAAAUACGAGUGUUUGGUUAUACUGCCUGGUCUCUCCUGGAUGGCUUUGAAUGGCAGGAUGCUUACACCAUCCGCCGAGGAUUAUUUUAUGUGGAUUUUAACAGUAAACAGAAAGAGCGGAAACCUAAGUCUUCAGCACACUACUACAAACAGAUCAUACGAGAAAAUGGUUUUUCUUUAAAAGAGUCCACGCCAGAUGUGCAGGGCCAGUUUCCCUGUGACUUCUCCUGGGGUGUCACUGAAUCUGUUCUUAAGCCCGAGUCUGUGGCUUCGUCCCCACAGUUCAGCGAUCCUCACCUGUACGUGUGGAACGCCACUGGCAACAGACUGUUGCACCGAGUGGAAGGGGUGAGGCUGAAAACACGACCCGCUCAAUGCACAGAUUUUGUAAACAUCAAAAAACAACUUGAGAUGUUGGCAAGAAUGAAAGUCACCCACUACCGGUUUGCUCUGGAUUGGGCCUCGGUCCUUCCCACUGGCAACCUGUCCGCGGUGAACCGACAGGCCCUGAGGUACUACAGGUGCGUGGUCAGUGAGGGGCUGAAGCUUGGCAUCUCCGCGAUGGUCACCCUGUAUUAUCCGACCCACGCCCACCUAGGCCUCCCCGAGCCUCUGUUGCAUGCCGACGGGUGGCUGAACCCAUCGACGGCCGAGGCCUUCCAGGCCUACGCUGGGCUGUGCUUCCAGGAGCUGGGAGACCUGGUGAAGCUCUGGAUCACCAUCAACGAGCCUAACCGGCUAAGUGACAUCUACAACCGCUCUGGCAACGACACCUACGGGGCGGCGCACAACCUGCUGGUGGCCCACGCCCUGGCCUGGCGCCUCUACGACCGGCAGUUCAGGCCGUCACAGCGCGGGGCCGUGUCGCUGUCGCUGCACGCGGACUGGGCGGAACCCGCCAACCCCUAUGCUGACUCGCACUGGAGGGCGGCCGAGCGCUUCCUGCAGUUCGAGAUCGCCUGGUUCGCCGAGCCGCUCUUCAAGACCGGGGACUACCCCGCGGCCAUGAGGGAAUAUGUCGCCUCCAAGCACCGACGGGGGCUUUCCAGCUCGGCGCUGCCGCGCCUCACCGAGGCCGAGAGGAGGCUGCUCAAGGGCACGGUCGACUUCUGCGCGCUCAACCACUUCACCACUAGGUUCGUGAUGCACGAGCAGCUGGCCGGCAGCCGCUACGACUCGGACAGGGACAUCCAGUUUCUGCAGGACAUCACCCGCCUGAGCUCCCCCACGCGCCUGGCUGUGAUUCCCUGGGGGGUGCGCAAGCUGCUGCAGUGGGUCCGGAGGAACUACGGCGACAUGGACAUUUACAUCACCGCCAGUGGCAUCGACGACCAGGCUCUGGAGGAUGACCGGCUCCGGAAGUACUACGUAGGGAAGUACCUUCAGGAGGUGCUGAAAGCAUACCUGAUUGAUAAAGUCAGAAUCAAAGGCUAUUAUGCAUUCAAACUGGCUGAAGAGAAAUCUAAACCCAGAUUUGGAUUCUUCACAUCUGAUUUUAAAGCUAAAUCCUCAAUACAAUUUUACAACAAAGUGAUCAGCAGCAGGGGCUUCCCUUUUGAGAACAGUAGUUCUAGAUGCAGUCAGACCCAAGAAAAUACAGAGUGCACUGUCUGCUUAUUCCUUGUGCAGAAGAAACCAUUGAUAUUCCUGGGUUGUUGCUUCUUCUCCACCCUGGUUCUACUCUUAUCAAUUGCCAUUUUUCACAGGCAGAAGAGAAGAAAGUUUUGGAAAGCAAAAAACUUACAACACAUACCAUUAAAGAAAGGCAAGAGAGUUCUUAGCUAAACUGAUCUGUCUGCAUGAUAGACAGUUUAAAAAUUCAUCCCAGUUCCAUAUGCUGGUAACUUACAGGAGAUAUACCUGUAUUAUAGAAAGACAAUCUGAGAUACAGCUGUAACCAAGGUGAUGACAAUUGUCUCUGCUGUGUGGUUCAAAGAACAUUCCCUUAGGUGUUGAUAUCAGUGAACUCAGUUCUUGGAUGUAAACAUAAAGGCUUCAUCCUGACAGUAAGCUAUGAGGAUUACAUGCUACAUUGCUUCUUAAAGUUUGAUCAACUGUAUUCCAUCAUUCUGCUCUAGCUUUCAUCUCUACCAAUAGCUACUUGUGGUACAAUAAAUUAUUUUUAAAAAGUAAAACUCUGGGCUGGGCGCUGUGGCUCACACCUGUAAUCUCAGCACUUUGGGAGGCCAAGGCGGGGAGAUCACCUGAGGUGAGGAGUUUGAGACCAGCCUGGCCAACAUGGUGAAACCAUGUCUCUACUAAAAAUACAAAAAAUUAGCCAGGCGUGGUGACAGUGGUGCCUGUAAUCCCAGCUACUUGGGAGGCUGAGGCAGAACUGUUUGAACCCAGGAAACAGAGGUUGCAGUAAGCCAAAAUUGCGCCACUGCUCUCCAGCCUAGGCGACAACAGCAAGACUCUGUGUCCAAAAAAAAAAAAAAGCAAAAGCAAAACUUUGUUUUGUUAGACUCUACAGCAGAGAUUUAACACUCUUCUUUAAACUGGAUAGUCAGUGAUAGAUAAUAUAUAUUCUGUCACUGGUGCUUUCUCUUUUAGGUCAGGGUGGUUCUAAAAUGGAAAGAAAACACAAUAGGGUAAGUAGUGCUUGUCUAAGCCAGUUACAACACAGACUCUUAAAGAGGAUCAAGCCCUUCCUUUUUCUAACAACAACAAAAAAUCACCUAUAGAAUAUCUAAUUUGUGAUCUUUUACUAGAUCUUUUUUAAAAUAAUGUAAUUUCCGGCCAGGCACGGUGGCACCGCCUGUAAUCCCAGCACUUUGGGAGGCCAAGGCGGGUGGAUCACCUGAGGUUAGGAGUUCGAGACUAGCCUGGCCAACAUGGCAAAACCCCAUCUCUACUAAAAAUACAAAAGUUAGCCGGGCAUGGUGGUGGGCACCUGUAAUCCCAGCUACUCAGGAGGCUGAGGCAGGAGAAUCGCUUGAACCCAAGAGGCAGAGGUUGCAGUGAGCCAAGAUCAUGCCAUUGCACUCCAGCCUGGGGGACAGAGCAAGACUGUCUCUCAAAAUAAAAAAUAAUAAUAAAAAUAAAAGUAAUUUCCAAAACCUCAUCUCAUGGAAAGAUCACAGGAUGAAGGAAAGCUAGACUCAACUCUGUGAAUAGAAGUUGCUAUACUGUAAGUAAAGCAACAAUUCAGAAUACUGAAUUGAGUUUAAAUUGUUUUAUACAGCACCCUUUUGGGCUAGGGUUAAUUACUAGAUCUGACUUGGAUAAUCUGACAUUUUGGGAAAUGAACUCUGUUCUUGAGACUUGUUCAGUGUAUUUUAAACAUCUGAGGAAGAAAAAUAUGCACCUAUUUAUACCUAUUCUUUCUUUAGGUCAACAUUUAACACCCACUGCACACAUUAAUUUGUCCUUGUCUGCUCACUCCAGCAAUUUAGACCUUAACAGUCACAAGAGAUGUUCUUCUGUUACAAAGCCUUAGGAAAUUAAGGCAGUUUUGAUUAUAUUCUAGGUCCACCUACGUCUGAAGCUAAAUUCAGUAUCUAACUGCUAAUGAACAAGUUUCCAAAAUACUGUAAAAAGAAAAUACAAUUAGUCAAUUUGAGUAAAUGCAAACAUGAUGAGAAAUCUAUUUGCUAUUUGGCCUGGCAAACGGGAACAGUAAAAUUCUGCUUUACUCUUCUGUAGUCUCCUUGCCCCAGCUGCACCCAGUACCCCAAACUUGGCAAUUUUGAGGUAUGAUUUUCAAGGAAUUUUUUUAGUAUUAAUAUCUCCCUCUGAGAACUAUGUACCUAAGGUUAUGCAUACAACUAGUCAAUUCUGUUUUUAUUACUCUAACUAUGUAUAAACAGUAAGUCAUUUAAAACAAUCACUUGGCUGGGUUUUUUCCCCUUUGUGCCACAUCGAUUCACCCUGACCCAAGAACUCCAGGGAAAAUUCUUUAAUGUCAGCUGGGCAAUUCAUUAACCUCUCUUUAACAUCAAGGUCUUGGGGGAAAAAAAAAAAAAAGGUCAGCCACAGGAAUAACAAAAACCUGGAAUUUAUCUUUCAGGUUUUGCUUUCUCUUUCUCACUGUUUAAAGUAUCUCGUACUCACAGUUCACAAAUCUAUUAACCUUCACUGUCUCUUUCACAUUAAGAGCUUAUGCUUAAAGCAUGCCCCCCUUUCCUAACUUGCUGGUUUACCAUAAACUCCCCUAAAUAAUAAAAUUCCUAACCCAGUACUGAGAGUCCUCCUUCUCUGCCACUUGGGCAUUAUUUUACUAGUUUUUAAGCCAUCAUCGCACAAGAAUCCAAAAACCCUUAAAUUUUUUAACCACUGGCAAAUAUGUACAGCAAAUUAGGUUAAGCAUUUAAUCUGGCUCAUGCUCUAUCAUACUAAAGAUUCAGGUUUAUCAUAAACUCCUUAAAAACCAUCAAAGGUCAACCAGAAACUGAUAGCUCUUGAAAGGAGCAAACAGGUAAGAUCUUUGGAGUUUAAGCUUUUCUGAGAUGUGUUGUGAAAAAUCUAACGUGUUUAUUGUAUAUUCAAUGUAACAACCUGGAGAAUCACAACUAUAUUUAAAGAGCCUCUGGAAAAUGAGGCCAGUACAGUGUGACUGCAUGUUUAAUUUUCAAUGUAAUUUAUUCCAAAUAAACUGGUUCAUGCUGACCACUUGUAUUCAACUAACAA